AGAGAGAGAGAGAGGCUUGAAUCGCUGCUGCUGGCUUUCCCUAGUUUGUUUUAGUGGCUACAUCUCUCUUUUCUCUCUCUCUCGUAGUAUUUGGUUUUCCCCUUUUCUUCUUCUUUCUCCUUUUCCCUCUUCCAAGAACCUUCUCCCAAUCCCUAUUUCUCUUUCUCUCUCUCCUCCAUGGAUUCAUUCAUUUCUUUUUCUUCUAUCAGAUUUUCCAUUCUUUCUGGAAUAUAAUCAAUCAAUCUUCAUUUCCUUCUACGAUUCAUUUCAAUUUUCAAAUUCCACAUUCACACCAUCCCCAAUUUUGAUUUCCAUUUCACGCCGCCACCACUGCGCGAUUUGAUUAAUUCACUCUUGCUGCUGCUGCAGCUGAUUUCUUCCUCGAAUCUCAGAUUCCGCUGUUAUCAACCAGUUAUGAGGCCACUCCAACCGCCGCUGGCCGCCGGAUCCGCCACGAAUCGCACGAAUCGUCAACGCCGACGUCCCGACCUAACCCUACCCCUCCCCCACCGCGACCCCACCCUGGCCGUCCCCCUACCUCUACCGCCGAGCUCCGCCCCUUCCUCCUCCUCUUCAUCCUCCUCCCUCCAAUUAGAAUACUCCGAUCUGGAGCGCGUGAGCCGCAUCGGGAGCGGCGCCGGCGGUACUGUCUACAAAGUCCUCCACCGCCCCACCGGCAAAAUUUACGCUUUAAAAGUGAUCUACGGAAACCACGAGGACGCAGUCCGCAAUCAGAUGCGCCGCGAAAUCCAAAUACUCGGCGACGUCGACAACCCUAACGUCGUCAGAUGCCACAGCCUCAUCGAUCACAAUGGCGAAAUUCAAGUCCUCCUCGAGUACAUGGACAAAGGAUCCCUCGAAAGCAUCCACAUCCCUCAGGAGCCAUCCCUAUCCGACGUGGCAAGACAAAUUCUCUGCGGCCUCUCCUACCUCCACAAAAGGAAGAUCGUCCAUCGUGACAUCAAGCCCUCAAAUUUGCUGAUUAAUUCCCGAGGGGUUGUCAAAAUUGCAGAUUUUGGAGUAUCUCGUGUUCUAGCUCAAACAAUGGAUCCUUGCAAUUCAUCAGUGGGUACAAUAGCCUACAUGAGUCCAGAAAGGAUCAACACAGAUCUAAACCAUGGUCAAUACGAUGGUUAUGCAGGGGAUAUCUGGAGUUUGGGAGUCAGCAUUCUUGAAUUCUACUUAGGGAAGUUUCCAUUUUCUGUAGGACGCCAAGGUGAUUGGGCAAGCCUUAUGUGUGCAAUCUGUAUGUCGAAGCCGCCCGAGGCACCGGCCACGGCGAGCCGGGAGUUUAGGGAUUUCAUAGCUUGCUGUCUUCAAAGGGAUCCGCCGCGGCGAUGGACUGCGCCACAGCUGCUGAGGCACCCAUUUAUUAUGCAGUAUGCUUCGCCGGGGAGUAACGGGAGCGGGAGCCAUCAGGUUCAUCAGCCUCACCAGCUGUUACCUCCACCUCCCCGGCCGCAGUUUUUGUGAUUGUUAGUUUAUAUUUGGUUUUUCCGAAUUAAAUUUUUGUUUCUUUGCUUAUCUUGUCUUUUUAAAAACUUGUUGGUUGGAUGGAGGUUGAAUUGUGAAACUUGUUUGCCAUUGCUACAUUGGGAUGUUCUUUAGGGAAAAACCGAAAGGGAAAAAAAAGGGAUUGAUGAAUUGGCAAGGGAAGGGGAAGAAGUUGGAUUAAAGAAUGAUGGAAGGUUUUGGCAGGCUGUUGAAUUCUCUAUGGGAGGUAUUUGUGAAGCAAAAUCUAUCUUGAAUGUAAUGGUAAGUUGAUGAUGAUGAUGAUGAUGACAAUGUGGAAAUGAAUGGGAAUCUAUUUUUAUUGAA